AUGCCCUCAUUUGACAGUCACACCAAAUUUUCACUUGCAAAAGCCGCAUUAGAGAUUAAAGUUGGUAUAUCAAUGCCAAUGGAUGAGUCCAUCAUGGGCAUUACAUUUUUAAACACUGUCCCAGCAGCAGAAAUUGCACUUGACAAGGCCCGAGCGCAAGGAAUGGCACCGAAUGUUACGUUUACAUUGUUUUAUCGCGGUACUACCUGUACAGGAUUAGAAGGUACCACAAGCACUUUAGAAUUGAUAAAUGUAGAUAAGGUUGAUGUUAUCUUUGGACCAAUGUGCAAUUCUGCUGCAUUAAUCACUGGUCCGGCACUUGUCUAUUUUGACAAACCCAGUUUUUUAUGGGGUCCAUCGCCGACAUCUGACUAUGACGAUAGUGACAAUUAUCCACUGUCCUCCACAUCUGUUCCAAACACCUACGGGUUUGCCAUGCGAAGUCGAGCGGUUCUUUCAAUACUUGACAGAUUUGGGUGGCGUGACAUUGCAUUUGUGUAUACUACUUCUAAAACCGAUGUUGACUGUAUCUAUUUUGCCCAGGAAAUUGAGGCUGCUAUUGCCGAUGUUCAAUCACAAGUAACACUAGUUUUAAAGUCACGUUUGGAUGAAGCCAGCUUUAACCAAACUCUGGAUGCCAUUCGCGUUCGCAGUAGGAUUGUUAUAACUUGCUUUGACACCCCAGCAGACACACGGAAUUUUAUCGUCAAUGCUUACGCAAAAGGAAUGAUCAACGAAGAAUAUGUUUAUAUAACGGCAGAUCUUCGAAGAUUUUCGGGUGGACAAUGGAACAGUGAAAAUGAAGAUAUUAUCAAUAAAGCAAUGAGUUACUUUUUAAUUAUCGCUACGAUUUCUGAGGAGUACACAGAUAACGCUCAUCAACAAUUUCAAACUGACUUCCUUCUUCGCGUACAACAAGCUCCAUUCAACUGUUCCAAUUGCACAGAAAUUUCUCCAUUUGCGUACUUUCUAUAUGAUGCAGCCACAUAUUUCAUGACAUUAUUAGACAAAAAUCUUCAAAAAAGUACGGAUGGAUAUAAGUCGGGCACUCAAAUUAUGGAAUCUUGUUCUUAUACGGGAACAGGUUUGACCGGCGAAAUUAUAAUGACUACAAAUUGUACGCGUCAACCGACCUUCUUUCUCAAAGGGAAUGAUAUUAACGGAGAUGAAGUCUUAUUUGCCACAAUAAAAAUAGAACUACCAAACGUUGUAAGAACACAGUUUAUUCUUCUGUUUGGCUUUCGCUUACUGUACCUCUCAAGAAUAUCUUACAAAGCCCCUGGCAUACCAGAUUUUAAUACAUUCAUCCCUCAUUACAACGAUGAAGCAACAGCAAUGUGGGCUACCCGAGGUGGAGUACGACCCCUGAAUGAACCAAUUUGUGGUUUUGAAAAUACUCGUUGUGUCAGUUAUGCAAUUUGGUAUGGAACCGGAGGAGGCGCUUUUGGACUUGUCAUUAUAAUUGCCGUAUUGAUUGUUGCGUGCACUUGGCGUAGAAUAACUGAUGGAAGUUCCAUGAAACUAAUGAUUCAGGACGAGGCAGAUGGAGAAACAAGAACUAAUGAAACUGUGGCAAGUAGAAUUCCAAAAUUUGACAGAGCCAGAAGAGAAAUUGCACCAAACAUAAGAAAAUGUUCUGAUACUGUAAAUUUUCAGAAAAAAAAGGCUGAAAGCCAUCGUUCGUUACAAAGUGGAUUUGAGUCAAACACAUCAACAACUGUUGACGUAAAUUUGCGUACUAGCGGCUAUACACCUUACCUAUAUCACAAUGAACUUGUCUUAGCCAAACAACAUUCACCGCUACACCGAUUAACCAAAUCACACAUCAGAUUCAUGACACAGAAUUACCCUACAACACACCGUUGA